AUGCCGCAAUCCGCACUAACCCCAAAUACCCCAUAUCGCGCGUGCAAAGCGGAAGAUCGCAGGUCUGGGAUCAUCUAUCUCGACGAUGACGAGCAUACACACCUAGACGAUGUCAAACACGUAGGUGCACGUGAUCGACCGUCACCCAAGCGGUCUAUUACCGAUGACCAGGACGCAUCCACUGCUCAAAAGAGAUCGAGGUCUGGUCCAUCGGCCGCUUCCAUCUCAAACGUCAGCGGCGGCCUGCCAUCAGGAUCGCGUCUGCCACAGCCUACCUCGAGUGGCUCGAUAUCGCAGACACCUCGUAAAUAUCCACCGCUUGGCUCAUCUCAGACCGCGCCUCCUCAGUAUGACUCACAAUAUGACAAGUACAGCGAAGACGAGCUUCGGAUCGAUUUUGCGGCCAAGGAACAAAUUUUGCGCGGCCGUUUGGCACAAUUGCAAACACUAGAGCUGGGAUGGCACGGCCCCGAGGCUUGGUACCAAAAGCACGAAGCCUUCGAGCGUGUGCACGAGAUGCAAAAGAAGCUGGCUCACAUCGCUUGGGCGCUCGGUGCGAAAGAAUUUGGAGCUGUGCCCGCUCCGUCGCUUACCUCGGCAACUACGCCUGGUCACACUGCCGAGAAUACCUCGAGAAGGUCGACUCCAGUCAGAAGUUUGCCAGCAAAUCCUUAUUCUGAUUCGGCGGUCCGCACAACCUCGAGCUCGUUUCAGAUCUUGGGCGACAACAUGGUGUCAGCUGCGAGGAAGCCUCUUGCCUCACCUGUAACGACAUCGCGCGAGCAAACACCUUCCUCGACAGCAUCUAAAUCCAACUCAACGGCUCCUCUCCGCGUACUGCGAGAUCCAAGCCACAUUCUACAUGCUAGCGAUGACAUCGUUUCUGCGAACGAGAACAGCACAGAUUUGCCAGAAAUUGUAGACAACUCAAUUCAGCACCGUACCCAAGCCGAUGAGGCUCCCUCCGUGGCAACAAGUGCCGUCAACGUCGAUGAUCAAGACGGCUUUCUGCAAGGCAGCCUCAGUGCGGACAGACGUGAUCAACCUAUUGUCAACGCACAGAUAUAUGAACUCAGCGAUGAUGACGAAGACGAUGUUGAGGCCAUGCCGGUCGAGGAGAAAUUCAAGCUUUGCGGCCCCUCGAUGCAAGAGCCUAUGUCCAAGGAUCAGCUGCGCAGCAUGCCCCAUUAUCCUUGGACCACCCAAGUAGGCUACGUGCUCAAGAAAUUCUUCAAACUGAAGCGCUUUCGACGCAAUCAGCUAGAGGCGAUCAAUGGCACGCUCAGCGGACGCGACGUCUUCGUCCUUAUGCCAACCGGUGGCGGAAAGUCGCUCUGCUAUCAGCUGCCCGCUUGCAUCGACACAGAUAAAGCCACGGGCGUCAGCAUUGUCAUCUCACCGCUUCUCUCACUCAUAGAAGACCAGGUGCUGGACCUCGUCAGGAAGGACGUACCCGCCGUCAAGCUUACUGGCGACAUGAGCGCGAACGACCGUCGAGACGCAUUCAACACGGCCAGGGAUCGCGUGGGCUCUUUGAGGCUGCUCUAUGUAACGCCAGAAUUCAUUCGCCAAUCUAACCAGGCGAUGGAACUCCUCGACCUCCUUUACUCGCAGAAGCGGUUGGCGCGCAUCGUCGUCGACGAAGCACAUUGCGUCAGUCAAUGGGGACACGACUUUCGUCCGCAUUACACCGAGCUGGGUGCGCUGCGAGACAAGUAUCCGCAGGUACCCAUCAUGGCACUCACUGCUACAGCCAAUGCGCGUGUCAUCAAGGAUGUCAAGUCCUGUCUUAAGAUGCGCAACGUAUUGCAGCUCUCGUCGAGCUUCAAUCGCCCGAAUCUCGAGUAUCAGGUGCGCAAAAAGCCCAAGAGCAAGUUGAUCGACGAGAUCGCUAGUUUCAUCCUCACCUCGCACAAGGACGAAUGUGGUAUCGUUUACUGUUUCAGCCGCGAGUCCUGCGAGACGGUCGCCGACGAUCUCAAAAAGCACGGCAUCACAGCUCACCACUACCACGCUAAACUGGGCAAGGACGACCGUUCAAAGGUGCAGCAAAGAUGGAAGAACGGCGAGUACAAGGUGAUUGUAGCCACGAUUGCGUUUGGUAUGGGUAUCGACAAGCCUGACGUCCGCUUUGUGAUCCACCAUUCGCUUCCCAAGUCGUUGGAGGGCUACUAUCAGGAAACGGGCCGAGCUGGACGCGAUGGGCUUGACUCGGUCUGCAUCCUGUACUAUUCCUGGACUGACGUGCGCAGGAUGGAGAACAUGAUGCUCAGCGAGGAAAAGUCGCAAGAGGCAAUAGACCGUAGCAUCGAUUCCUUGCGCGAGAUGCAACGCUUCUGCGAAAACGAAAUCGAAUGUCGCCGCGUCCAGGUCCUGCGUUACUUUGGCGAAUCCGGGUUCACCUCGGAACAGUGUCGCAGCACGUGCGAUAACUGCUGCCGUCAGUCCGGUGCGAUUUACAUCCAAGACGUUACCGAACUCGCUGUCAAGGCGAUCAAGCUGGUCAAAGCGAUCGCGGACAAAGGAGGCCGAUGGACGUUACCGCACUGUGCCGAAGUGUUCUACGGCCAUCGUACCAAAAAGAUCCGCGAGGCUGGGCACGACAAACUCGAGAUGCACGGCGCAGGUAGUGAGAUCGCCAAGGUCGAAAUCCACCGGCUGUUUGAGCAUCUUUGCUCGGAAGGCGUGUUCAAGUUGAAAGAUGUCAUGAAUCGGGCGGGAUUUAACACGUCGUACUUGAUGGUGGGCUCGGCGGCCGACAAGGUAUUGAACGGCCAAAAGGCGAUCAAGAUGCAAGUCGCGGCAAAGGUGUCGGCGGCAUCAUCAUCGUUGAACAACGGUCGAGGACAGAACACUCGAAAGCAGCAGAGGCAGCUUCGAGAUGAGGAUUUCGCUGAAUUCGACGAGGACGCGCACGACAUUUCAAAUGUCAGCUUGACGCCGCCAUCACGAGUGGAGCCGCAGGCAGGGACGACGGAUGGUAGCCUUGACGACGACAAUUGGAUCCCGGAAGAGAUGUUCACGGACAAUUUUGAUCUGGAUGCUGACACGGACGACGAUGCUCCAUUGGCUGCUGACAACCAGGCAGCUAACGGCAGCCGCCGCGUGGUCUCGAAUGCGGCUGGAAGCGACGACAGUGCAGACGACUUUGAGAUCGAUCCUCGAUCAUCGGACGUGAAUCAAGGCUGCUACCGCGAGCUCAAGAAGCUCGAUGAUCGACUCGCUCGUCAGGAAAAACAGUCGCGCGGCUGGUUGAUCCGCGACGACAAGUUGCAAGAGAUUUCGGUCUUGGCGGCAUGCAGCAUCGAUGCGCUGAGCAGCUGUUUGAGAGGCACUGACGGCGCUCGUUGGGUGCAAAAGUACGGGUCUCUUUAUAUCGAGAUCUGUCAAAGAUUCUUGCAAACCGAACGGCGCGCGCCUGAUGUUGGUCGCACUGCAGCAACGGGCGGAACAGGACGGCGGUCGACGCUAGCGCGCAAUGCAGAAGCAGAGCCAACAGCAAACACGCCGAAAUCGUCGGCGACCGCUGGCUUACGAAAAGAGCGUGCAGCUCCUCGCAAGAGUGCUCUGGCGGCUGCUGCGAGUCUCGGUCAAUAUACGUACCAAGAUCCUGACACACGCGCCACACGGAGUCGGGGUUCGGGCGCGUCGGCGAGGAACGCCAGUCGAGCGACGAGUGGAAACGGACGAGCUGCACAUGCGUCGUCGAACUCGACGGCGGAUAGCAGGGUAUCGGCGACAGCGGCACAAGCGCCACAGCCGCUCAAGAGGAUCACGUUGCACCGCGGGUUCCUCGGCGGCGCGAAUGCAACUCCGGCGAUCCGGCCAAUGCCACUGGCUUCUUCGUCAACGCCCAAUCUACCUCGUUCGGGUUGA